UGGGUGGUGCACGACGGGGGGCUCCUCACGCUGCUCGCCUGCCUCCUGCACCAGCACAAGGCAUGGCGGGGCUGCCGCGUGCGCAUCUUCACGGUGGCGCAGCUGGAGGACAACAGCAUCGAGAUGCGGCGGCAUCUGAGUGCCUUUGUGCGGCUGCUGCGCCUCCCCGCACCUGUCCCGGUUCCUCCCCAGCACGACAGCGACAUCUCCGCCUACACGUACGAGCGCACGCUCAUGAUGGAGCAGCGCUCCGCCAUGCUGCGGCGCAUGCGCCUCUCCGAGGCCGAGCGGCAGCGCGAGGCGCAGCUCGUGCGGGAGCGGAGCUGGCGGCCCCGCUCCAGCAGCGGCGCCUCGGAGCUGGACGACGAUGAUGACGACGACGACGAAGAGUCCGAGGCCGCCCGCGUGCAGAGAACGUGGAGCCGCCCGCGCCGAGAGCUGCCCCCCGACCUGCUGGACCCGCACCCCGCGCGGGGCAACGUGCGGCGCAUGCACACGGCCGUGCGCCUCAACGAGGCCAUGGCCGCCCGCUCGCAGGGCGCCCGCCUGGGGCUGCUCAACCUGCCGCCGCCGCCGCCACGUCACCAUGGCCACUGA